CCGUGAGAGUGAAUUAGCGUAUUCAAAUCAGGGACGGAAGAAAGAAAGAGAGAGAGAGAGAGAGAGAGAGAGAGAGAGGCGCUCACAUCCGAGCUAAUGGAGGAAGAGAAAGGAGAACAGAUGAAGCCCCUGAUAACCACAGGUAACGAUGAUGAAGCUGUAGUAGACUUGGGGAAGACAAGCUCCACUAUCAACACUAACUUCGAGAAGGAGGAGCUUGAAAGUCACAGAGCGGUGUACGUCGGGGUCCACGUCCCUCUGGGACGACAGAGCAGGAGACGCCAUCGACACAGGGGACACAGACACCACCGCAAACGGAGAGACCGGGACUCGGAGCGCGAGGAUGGACGAGAGUCUCCCACUUACGACACGCCCUCUCAGCGUGUACAGUUUAUCCUGGGCACUGAAGACGAUGAUGAAGAACACAUUCCCCACGAUCUGUUCACUGAGCUGGACGAGCUGCAUUUCCUCAAUGGAGAGAUGUACGAGUGGAAAGAGACAGCCAGGUGGCUAAAGUUUGAGGAGGACGUGGAGGACGGAGGUGAGAGGUGGAGUAAGCCGUACGUAGCCACUCUGUCUCUCCACAGCCUGUUCGAGCUGCGCAGCUGCAUCAUGAACGGCACGGUGCUGCUCGACAUGCGCGCAAACACCAUCGACGAGAUCGCAGACAUGAUCAUCGACAGCAUGGUGGCGUCCCAGCAGCUGGACGAGUGUCUGAAGGAUCAGGUCCGAGAGGCCGUGCUGAAGCGACAUCACCACCAGAGCGAGAAGAAGCUCAGCAACCGCAUCCCGCUCGUGCGCUCCUUCGCUGAUAUAGGCAAGAAACACUCGGACCCGCACUUACUCGACCGCGACGGUCUCAUGGCGUCUCCACAGUCUGCUCCAGGAAACCUGGAGAACAGUAAGCCCAGUGAGAGUCGGAUAAACGGGGGGAGCAGGGAGAACAGCACCGUGGACUUUAGUAAGCCACGACAGCAGGACUGCCGCAUCUCUUUCCACUGUCUUUGCGGAACUCUGAGACCCAGCGUGGAUAUGAACUUCAUGAAGAAGAUCCCCCCUGGUGCCGAGGCGUCUAAUGUGCUGGUUGGUGAAGUCGACUUUUUGGAGCGACCGAUCAUCGCCUUCGUCCGUCUUUCACCUGCUGUCCUCCUCACUGGCCUCACAGAGGUCCCCGUCCCCACCAGGUUCUUGUUUCUGCUGCUUGGACCAUUUGGUAAAGGCCCUCAGUACCAUGAGAUCGGCCGCUCCAUUGCCACACUGAUGACUGAUGAGAUUUUCCAUGAUGUAGCGUAUAAGGCUAAAGACAGGAACGACCUGCUGUCUGGGAUCGAUGAGUUUUUGGACCAGGUGACGGUUCUGCCCCCGGGCGAGUGGGACCCCACCAUCCGCAUAGAACCUCCUAAAAACGUCCCGUCUCAGGAGAAAAGGAAGAUGCCAGUGCCAAAUGGCUCCGCCCCUCAGUCCGAGGUCAUCAAAGAGGAGGAGCAUCACACAGGACCAGAACUGAAGAGAACAGGACGUAUAUUUGGCGGGCUGGUGUUGGAUGUGAAGAGGAAAGCGCCGUUUUAUUGGAGUGAUGUCCGUGAUGCGUUCAGCCUGCAGUGUUUGGCGUCAGUGUUGUUCCUGUACUGCGCCUGCAUGUCUCCCGUCAUCACAUUCGGAGGCCUGCUGGGAGAAAUCACCAAGAACAACAUUAGUGCUAUUGAGUCAUUAUUCGGGGCGUCUCUGACCGGAGUGGCAUACUCUCUCUUUGCGGGUCAGCCCCUCACCAUCCUGGGCAGCACUGGUCCGGUUCUGGUGUUUGAGAAGAUCCUCUUUAAGUUCUGCAGUGAUUAUGGCCUGUCCUACCUCCCCCUGCGCACCAGUAUUGGUUUGUGGACGGCGUUCCUGUGUGUGGUGUUGGUGGCCACAGACGCCAGUUCUCUUGUGUGUUACAUCACUCGGUUCACGGAGGAAGCCUUCGCAGCGCUCAUCUGCAUCAUCUUCAUCUACGAGGCGGUGGAGAAGCUCUUUCACCUGAGUGACAUGUUCCCCAUUAACAUGAACAAUGACCUGGACAACCUUACCUUCUACAGGUGUCAGUGCUCUUCACCUUUGAACAUCACACCUGAGCUCACAAACCUGUGGAACCAGAGUGGCUUCACCCCUGACACAGUCAACUGGAGCGGACUGGAUGUGCCUACGUGUAAGAAGCUGCAGGGUGUGUUUGUGGGCGGGGCCUGCAGUGAUCACGGCCCCUUCAUCCCUGACGUCCUGUUCUGGUCCAUCAUCCUCUUCUUCACCACCUUCUUCCUCUCAGCGUUCCUCAAACAGUUCAGGACCAAGCGCUACUUCCCCACCAGGGUUCGCUCUACCAUCAGUGAUUUUGCGGUUUUUCUCACCAUCAUGAUCAUGGUGCUGCUGGAUUACCUGGUGGGGAUUCCUUCGCCAAAACUCAACGUCCCAGACACCUUCGAGCCCACCUCUAAAGGUCGUGGUUGGUGGAUGACCCCUCUGGGUUCAAAUCCCUGGUGGACUCUGUUAGCGGCGGUGAUUCCUGCUCUGCUCUGCACCAUCCUCAUCUUCAUGGACCAGCAGAUCACCGCCGUCAUCAUCAACCGCAAAGAGCACAAGCUCAAGAAAGGCUGUGGAUAUCACCUGGACCUGUUGGUGGUGGCGGUGAUGCUGGGCGUGUGCUCUCUCAUGGGCCUGCCGUGGUUCGUCGCUGCCACUGUUCUCUCCAUCUCACACGUGAACUCCCUGAAGGUGGAGUCAGAAUGCUCCGCCCCUGGGGAACAGCCCAAAUUCCUGGGUAUCAGAGAGCAGAGAGUCACGGGCUUGAUGAUCUUCGUCCUCAUGGGCUUGUCCGUCUUCAUGACCUCUGUGCUCAAGUUUAUCCCCAUGCCGGUGCUGUAUGGAGUGUUCCUCUACAUGGGCGUGUCAUCUCUUAAAGGUAUCCAGUUCUUUGACCGUAUUAAGCUGUUCGGGAUGCCGGCUAAGCACCAGCCUGACCUCAUCUACCUGCGCUACGUUCCUCUGUGGAAGGUCCACGUCUUCACCCUGGUGCAGCUCACCUGCCUCGUGCUGCUGUGGGUCAUCAAAGCCUCGGCCGCCGCCGUCGUCUUCCCCAUGAUGGUAUUGGCUCUGGUGUUUGUACGGAAGCUUCUAGACUUCUGCUUUACGAAGCGAGAGCUCAGCUGGUUGGAUGAUUUGAUGCCAGAGAGCAAGAAGAAGAAGGAGGACGACAAGAAGCUCGCAGAAGAGGAGGCAGAGCGUAUGCUCGGGGUUGAGGGAGUGAUGGAGUACGACAGCGACAACCUGCUCAGCAUCAAAACCCUCAAACCCAGUGACCCAUCUGUGGUUAACAUUACUGAUGAAGUGGCCAAAACCAGCAUGUGGAAAGCGGUGAACUCUGACCCCUGCAAAGGGCCCAAAUAUAGGGACAGUGAUAAGACUCCCAGCAUUAAAAUCACAGUGGACGCUGCAGACGGAGGGUUGUUUGUGGACACGGAGACGUCGCUAUGACAACGAAGAGAGCAGAGCGUCUGAGAGACUGAGUUUCUCAAAGCAGAGGCCAAAUGAGUUCAAGAGGAAACACUUGCUCUAUGCUCACACACACACACACACACACACACACACACACACAAUGUAUGAUGAUUAAAUGUAAGCAGCGUGUAGUUAGAGCAUCAUUCGCUGAGGUACGUCAUCACACAGCUGAGAGCCACUUGACCUCUGACUCCACCCACUAUUAUUAUUAUUAAUUAAGUGGUGAAGCGAGGCUCCACCCCCAUCCUCUGUGCAGCUUUUAUUUACCUUUUAGUUUACUUUUAAUCUUGUUUCCAGAACUGUUAAACAGUGUACAGCUGCAUAGAGGCGUUUACUCUGUGUGUGUGUGUGUGUGUGUGUGUGUGUCGCCUCUGAAAAGAGAACUUUAAUUGUAUGUGUACGAUCUGUAAACGGUUCUGUGUGUGUGUGUUCUUCCAUGUCACCAUACACCUAAAAAGUCUCGAGCUCUUCUGCAGUCUCUGGAGGAACUGUUAAUAGUUCUGUGUAGAACUUCACAUUGAGAUGUUUACUAUCAGACCCCACGCCUUACAGAACCUUCGGUUUGAGUGUCGUUUUCUGGCAGGUUCUAGAUGUGAAGGAGAAAAUACUAAGCAAUAAUGUUUAGGUGGAACUCAGGGCUCUUUAAGAGUCUCAUCAAAUAAUGAGUUCUUCAUCAAAAAAAAGUUCGUAUUUGUGUGUAUGUGGACCCCAGUGUUGCUGCUGUGAGAACCUCACGGCGUCUCGCUCAAAACGGUUCUAGUCAGUCGUUUCAGUUUGGUAAAACUGACUCUUUAGCGCCCCCUCAGGACAGUCACCAAUGCUGCAGUUGCACCAAAAUGUGAUGGUUUUUUUAUUGGAUUUUUUAAAGAACUUUACACAACACCUUGUGCCUGAUUUGUACGAGACGCUCCGCCUUGCUCCGAUCUGAUUUCCCUUUUUUGUUAGUGUUUUAUUUGUGCGUUUUAGCUGCUGAGUGUGAAACUGCUCUUUAACUUAUUAGACAUUUAUUCAUUAAGUAUUUAAAGUUUUAUUCUUUUAGAUUAGCCACUUUCAUUCAAGAUGAUUCCUGAUGUUUUCCAGCUGUUCUGUUUAUUUUAUUUUUUAUCCAUUUGUUUAUGAGCUGUGACUGCACUUACCUUCAUCAUCAUUAUAAUGUCUUCUUUUUGAAGAUUCAGAACAAGUAUUUCUCCUGGUGAGUGCUGCAGGUUCCCAGUAAGGCUGCUGCUUUCGCUCCAUCGCUCGCGUUUCCUGUUUAUAAAACUGUACAGUGACGCUCUUCUGCAGUGGAGCUGCGUUUUUGUAAAACUUCUACAGAAAAAUGAUCGAAUAAAAGCAGUGAAGUUGUUAUAA